AUGCUAUCUGUUGAGGUGCUGAAGCACAUGACUGUUUGGAAGCAGGCUCUCAUCCUUCUUUGUUGCGCACUGAGCUUCGUGGACUCUGCUCCGUCCCCAGUCCCCCCGAGAAGUAAAUAUAACAACUCUUUUCGUCUCACGAGGUCUGCCCGGUCCCGGGUCCAGCAACUGCUGAAGAAAUAUAAGGAGGAGCAGUUGGGAAAUAAGCAUUUUGAGGACAGAAGCCGACAGUUAAAGGACCUGCCGCUGAUUUCGACAGAUUUCUACAGCUGGAUAAACCUGACGGACUGGGAACGGCUGAAUGCUGCUCUCAUGGACAUGCAGGCCUACUGGAAUAAGCUGGAGUGGAAGAGAAAACAGCUGGAGAAUGAGGAGAACGAGAACAUGGCGGUGCGCACCACUUUACCUCAGAGCAUCAGGCACAUUCAGCUGGAUCUGAGGGACCUGAUGAGCCAAGUCACCAGUCAGAUGAGUUACAUGAAGAGCUCUUGGAUGAGGCCGGCAUCUCGUUUGGCACAAAGACCCUUGAGCCCAGAGACCAGCUCCAAAACAGUCUGGGACCGGCGAGUGGAGGGUUACAUCAUUCUGAGGGAUCUCGACCUUUACCUCACCAAGCUGGCAAGAGAUUUCCUCCUUCUGGCUUCCAAGACACAUGUAUGA